AUGACGACGGACAUGAAAAAACAGUUGCUAGAGAUGGAUAAUGACAAGGAAAUGAUAGAAAGCUCAAUGGGUGAACUGAGAUUGAAAGAGGCAGAAAUGGUGAGAGAAAAGGAGAACAUGGAAAACAAGAUGGCUAGACUCAAAGACGAAGAGGAUAGAAUGCGGGAAGAAAUAGGAAGGAAGGUGGACAACUUGAAGCAGGAAAGUCAUGAAAUCAAAAGACUUAGAGAUGUAAUUGACAGUGAAAAGGACCAGCUGAAUGCAAAAUUGCUUGAGUUGGAAAAAAUGCGUGAAGAACUAGAUAGAGAGAAGAAGGAAGUGAAAGACAGGAAGGAUGAAGUACUGAAAGAGAAAGAUCAGUUGGAAGAGAGGCAAGAUAAGAUCAGUAAGGAGAAAGAGGAAUUGGAUAUCAGUCUUGAACUGAUGAAAAGACAAAGGGAAGACUUGACGAGCUUGAAGGCUGAAGCAGAAGCACAGACCGAUCCUAUGGAAAAAGACUGGAAGGAAAAGCUCACGAGGGAAAGACAACAACUUGAAGAUGUAAAGGAGGAGAUACAGAAGGAAAAAGAAGCCUUUGAGAGAAAGAAGGGAUUGACCAUGAAAGAAAGAGAUGAGUUUGAGCUGAUGAAGUCUGAAACCCAGGGUCAAAUGGUGGAAAUAGAACAAAGCAAACAAGACAUUCGUGUGGAGAAGGAAAAGCUGGAUCAGAUCAAAGCUGAAAACGAACUGGAACUCAUGAAUAACAAGAUUGAAAGAGAGAAACAAGACAUCGAAGAAAGUCGGGAUGUGCUAACAAAGGAGAGAGAGGAGCUGGAACAAAUGAGGAAUGAGACACAGCGACAGAGAGAGGAGACAGAAUCUCACAUGGAAGACCAAAGGAAAGAGAAAGAACAUCUGGAACAAAUGACGACAGACAUGAAAAAACAGUUGCUAGAGAUGGAUAAUGACAAGGGAAUGAUAGAAAGCUCAAUGGGUGAACUGAGAUUGAAAGAGGCAGAAAUGGUGAGAGAAAAGGAGAACAUGGAAAACAAGAUGGCUAGACUCAAAGACGAAGAGGAUAGAAUGCGGGAAGAAAUAGGAAGGAAGGUGGACAACUUGAAGCAGGAAAGUCAUGAAAUCAAAAGACUUAGAGAUGAAAUUGACAGUGAAAAGGACCAGCUGAAUACAAAAUUGCUUGAGUUGGAAAAAAUGCGUGAAGAACUAGAUAGAGAGAAGAAGGAAGUGAAAGACAGGAAGGAUGAAGUACUGAAAGAGAAAGAUCAGUUGGAAGAGAGGCGAGAUAAGAUCAGUAAGGAGAAAGAGGAAUUGGAUAUCAGUCUUGAACUGAUGAAAAGACAAAGGGAAGACUUGACGAGCUUGAAGGCUGAAGCAGAAGCACAGACCGAGCCUAUGGAAAAAGACUGGAAGGAAAAGCUCACGAGGGAAAGACAACAACUUGAAGAUGUAAAGGAGGAGAUACAGAAGGAAAAAGAAGCCUUUGAGAGAAAGAAGGGAUUGACCAUGAAAGAAAGAGAUGAGUUUGAGCUGAUGAAGUCUGAAACCCAGGGUCAAAUGGAGGAAAUAGAACAAAGCAAACAAGACAUUCGUGUGGAGAAGGAAAAGCUGGAUCAGAUCAAAGCUGAGUUAGAAAGGCGAUCUGAAAACAUAAAUCAGGUCAUGGAUGAGACAAGACGGGAGAGGGGGAAGGUUGAAGAACUGGCUAUCCAAACUCAAAAACAAAGAGAAGAAAUGGUGGGUUUCAUGGAAAAGAACAAACAAAAGCAGAACGAACUGGAACUCAUGAAUGACAAGAUUGAAAGAGAGAAACAAGACAUCGAAGAAAGUCGGGAUGUGCUAACAAAGGAGAGAGAGGAGCUGGAACAAAUGAGGAAUGAGACACAGCGACAGAGAGAGGAGACAGAAUCUCACAUGGAAGACCAAAGGAAAGAGAAAGAACAUCUGGAACAAAUGACGACGGACAUGAAAAAACAGUUGCUAGAGAUGGAUAAUGACAAGGAAAUGAUAGAAAGCUCAAUGGGUGAACUGAGAUUGAAAGAGGCAGAAAUGGUGAGAGAAAAGGAGAACAUGGAAAACAAGAUGGCUAGACUCAAAGACGAAGAGGAUGGAAUGCGGGAAGAAAUAGGAAGGAAGAUGGACAACUUGAAGCAGGAAAGUCAUGAAAUCAAAAGACUUAGAGAUGAAAUAGACAGUGAAAAGGACCAGCUGAAUGCAAAAUUGCUUGAGUUGGAAAAAAUGCGUGAAGAACUAGAUAGAGAGAAGAAGGAAGUGAAAGACAGGAAGGAUGAAGUACUGAAAGAAAAAGAUCAGUUGGAAGAGAGGCAAGAUAAGAUCAGUAAGGAGAAAGAGGAAUUGGAUAUCAGUCUUGAACUGAUGAAAAGACAAAGGGAAGACUUGACGAGCUUGAAGGCUGAAGCAGAAGCACAGACCGAGCCUAUGGAAAAAGACUGGAAGGAAAAGCUCACGAGGGAAAGACAACAACUUGUAGAUGUAAAGGAGGAGAUACAGAAGGAAAAAGAAGCCUUUGAGAGAAAGAAGGGAUUGACCAUGAAAGAAAGAGAUGAGUUUGAGCUGAUGAAGUCUGAAACCCAGGGUCAAAGUUGGAAAAUAGAACAAAGCAAACAAGACAUUCGUGUGGAGAAGGAAAAGCUGGAUCAGAUCAAAGCUGAGUUAGAAAGACGAUCUGAAAACAUAAAUCAGGUCAUGGAUGAGACAAGACGGGAGAGGAGGAAGGUUGAAGAACUGGCUAUCCAAACUCAAAAACAAAGAGAAGAAAUGGUGGGUUUCAUGGAAAAUAACAACAAAAGCAGAACGAACUGGAACUCAUGAAUGACAAGAUUGAAAGAGAGAAACAAGACAUCGAAGAAAGUCGGGAUGUGCUAACAAAGGAGAGAGAGGAGCUGGAACAAAUGAGGAAUGAGACACAGCGACAGAGAGAGGAGACAGAAUCUCACAUGGAAGACCAAAGGAAAGAGAAAGAACAUCUGGAACAAAUGACGACGGACAUGAAAAAACAGUUGCUAGAGAUGGAUCAUGACAAGGAAAUGAUAGAAAGCUCAAUGGGUGAACUGAGAUUGAAAGAGGCAGAAAUGGUGAGAGAAAAGGAGAACAUGGAAAAUAAGAUGGCUAGACUCAAAGACGAAGAGGAUAGAAUGCGGGAAGAAAUAGGAAGGAAGAUGGACAACUUGAAGCAGGAAAGUCAUGAAAUCAAAAGACUUCGAAAUGAAACUGACAGUGAAAAGGACCAGCUGAAUGCAAAAUUGCUUGAGUUGGAAAAAAUGCGUGAAGAACUAGAUAGAGAGAAGAAGGAAGUGAAAGACAGGAAGGAUGAAGUACUGAAAGAGAAAGAUCAGUUGGAAGAGAGGCAAGAUAAGAUCAGUAAGGAGAAAGAGGAAUUGGAUAUCAGUCUUGAACUGAUGAAAAGACAAAGGGAAGACUUGACGAGCUUGAAGGCUGAAGCAGAAGCACAGACCGAGCCUAUGGAAAAA